AUGGCCGAGCCAUACAGCACCCAGCCACUAAACUUAUCAAAACACCCAAGGACACUUGGAAAAUUUCUCAGGGCACUCAAGGACACCGAAUGGCAGCCACACCCCACCUUCUCCAGAAGCUUCAGAUCAGCAACUCUAGGAGCAGCUCCAGAAGCUCCCAAGUCUUCUAACUCAUGCCACAACGGGAAGGCCCAGCUCAAGGGAUUCUGCUUGUGCCCAGCCAACAUAGCCCAACCCCUUACAAGAGUUUGCGCCCCAGGCCCGGCUCCAAGGCUUGACAAAAGCCCAAGACCCAGGACACAUAAUACUAUACUCUCGGAAAUCCAAGAUUGCCAGUGCUUGAAUACCGAAUGGCCACUCUUACAUUCAUGGCCCCAGCUCCAGGAGCCCAGCCCCAAAUUGCAUGCAAAAUGUGAGCAUUUCGAAUGGCAAAAUCUUAUGGCUCACCUUCUUCAAAACCAGCCCAGCCCUGAAACUAUGCCACGCUCUGAAUGA